UGCCUCUCAGCGUACAGAGCAGCAUCCAGUGGACCAAUCUGUCUGUGAAAUUAAUGCAUUUUCUAUCGCACUGACGGGUGGUUAUUUCUACUACAGUGAUAUUUAUUUUUGAUUUUUCACAAGGACCGCUUAAGGAAGCCAGAGAAGAACCCAAGGACGAGACUUUUAACAAACAAACCGUUUGGUCUGCCUCCACUGUGCUUGCUAGCUGUUUGCCAGGAGAGUUAUUUUCUGCGGUCCGAGGAAACAUGAGCUUUUUUUUUGGAAACCGUUCAUCCAAGACGUUCAAGCCCAAGAAGAAUAUCCCAGAGGGGUCUCAUCAGUACGAGCUGUUGAAACAUGCAGAGGCUACGUUGGGAAGCGGAAACCUGCGCAUGGCAGUCAUGUUGCCCGAGGGCGAAGACCUAAAUGAGUGGGUCGCAGUCAACACUGUGGAUUUCUUCAACCAGAUCAACAUGCUGUAUGGCACCAUCACAGAUUUUUGCACAGAGGAAAGCUGUCCAGUCAUGUCUGCUGGUCCUAAGUAUGAGUACCAUUGGGCUGAUGGAACCAACAUCAAGAAGCCCAUCAAGUGCUCUGCUCCCAAGUAUAUUGAUUACCUCAUGACCUGGGUGCAAGACCAGCUUGAUGAUGAGACACUUUUCCCUUCAAAGAUCGGUGUCCCCUUUAAGCGAAACUUCAUGUCAGUGGCAAAGACCAUCCUGAAGCGUCUGUUCAGAGUCUACGCUCACAUCUACCACCAGCACUUUGACUCUGUCAUGCAGCUGCAAGAGGAGGCCCAUCUCAACACGUCGUUCAAACACUUCAUCUUUUUUGUUCAGGAGUUCAACCUCAUUGACAGGAAAGAGCUGGUCCCACUUCAGGAGCUGAUUGAAAAACUGACAACCAAGGAUAGAUAAACAGCAAUGUAAUCCUUAUUUUAUUGGUCUUCUAGUUUUUGCACAGAUACCCACCCCACCCUGGCUGUAUGUAUGCAGUAUAUACUAUAUUUCCAUUUGGGGAAAUGUUUUUAAUAAGGCCAGGAAGAAGGAAGGGUCUUGAUAGGUUUAAGGCACCAGGACUAAUGCAAUCAGGGAUUACACACUUAAUUGAACAAACCACAGAUUAACAUAUUUGAGAAGAUGCUUUUAGCUGUAUGUAAAGAUCCCCAGUAUUCAGACAGGGCUGACAUUUAGGAUAAUAUAGACAUAUGUUCAUUAGUUUUCUAUUACACUGCACAGAUAUUUUUUUUUCACUUGGAUUUAUGGCAACAGGAGGCAUUUCCAUGCUCUUAGAUUCCCAUUUCCAGCCCACUCGCAGGGAAGAAUAGUGUAUAAGCAAGGUUACUAUAUGAUGAUAGGAGGGCUUUGUUGGUGUUGUGGUGAGAAUUUAACAGCCUUUAAGCCAAUUUACCGGCCGUAGCUAGUUAUUUUAUUAAGUAAUCUACAUAGAAGGAUCUGGGUUGCAGUCUACUACUGUUCACAUCUGUAAUAGCCCACAUCUGUCAGUACAAAAGAACCCUAAGUGCCUAGCAUGGCUCAUAAUUGCCCUAUAUCAACAGUGAGAACUGUCAGAAGAUAAAGGCCAUAUACCACUAACAUGAUUAAGAAAACAUUACAUUUUCCACCCCACCUCCCUUUAAGUUACUGCGGUUCCUAUUUUCUAUAUGUACUGUACCUUAGUUCAAAAAGUAUUUUCUCUGUAAGACCAUACUGCUCACCAACCUUAAUUUAGUUAGAAAGUCUCUUUACCAAGUGUUCUGUGCAGGCUAUGAUAAAUGAAUGUGUUAAAGGACAUGUUAGUGAGGCUAGAAUAUUGUCAUGUUGUAGCAGGGACUAAAAAUGAACUUAACUCUUAGCGUUUUCUUGUGACAUGUUCCUGUGUACUAGAUUUUCUUCCCCAAAAAACUUGAAGUAGAAACUAAUAUUUAGGGAAAGUAUUCAAGGGAUCUAAAACCUCAAAUUGUACAUAAACGCUCGCAAAUAGAAAUAGAGACCAGUGUUUGAAGUCACAACCUCCACUGUUUAAAAACAAGCAUUUUGAAUUGGACUUUGCUGCAUCCCUUGUUAUCUCACGAGCCAUAAAGCACUUUGAACAAUUUUCCUGACCUCUCUCGCCUGAAUGUUUAUUCUGCAUAGACUGUGCUUUGUGAGAAGCUGCAUCAUGUGACUGAUCAUAGUUUCCUCCCUCAUAUUUCCCCAAAUGAAUGUUGAAUUGCUUAACCUCCGCUGAAAUUGGCUUUAAGGCACAAGUGAGAUUUCUUCUGCUUUUGUAUGGUCCGAGUUGUUUGUUGCUGUGCUUCAGACAGCAGAUGCAUGUACCCUUCCCAAUCUCAAAGUGUAGUAUACUAUGCAAUAAUUGACACUAAACACUAAAAGGGUUACCAGUUGGCUCAUUCAUACUUUAUCUAAUAUUGGUUUUCCUUUAUAGUGCUUAAAUUCUGGUGAAUGAUGGAAAUAUAAUUGCUUCUCUUUCAGGUUUGGUUUCAAAAACAGUGACAUUUUAUAUAUCUUCUUAUCUGAAAUUUUGUCAGAGAGGUGUAAUGCUUCAAUGCACACAUGUAAAUACUGAGGGUUAGACCUGUCUUGAAAAUAAUUUUCAGCGAGCAUGGAGUGGUAGCUUUUGGUUUAAAGAAUGCAUUGAGUCUUUUUAGAGGCUGCUUCCCCGCCCUUAUUUGGAUAUUAAAAUAAUGUUUGUUUUUAUUGUUGAGUAUCUUUUUCCACUUCCCUAGCUAGCUAUUAUGAAUGUUACUGCUCACCAGAUAUCUGAAAAUGUAAUAGAAAACCAGUCAAAUCCUGAAAACGUAACAUAGCCUAUUGCCUACAGUUUUUCCUCCUUGACUGUAAUAAUUGAUGAAAUGUUUGUAAAUAAUGGCUUGGGGUUUUCAAUGCUACUGAAUUGAUUUAUGCUGUUUACAAGGCAAAUAAAGGUGGUCUUGACUCUUUGAA